AUGCCUGUAUGGCAAAAGUCGAGACGGACGGGUGCUGCAGUUGCCCUCGGGUCGGGGAGCGAAACCGAGUCCUCGUCAGAGUCUGUAUCGUCGAGUGAGUUCCUACAACCGCAGUCAGGUUCUGUUACAGUACCGUCUCACUCGGGGAGUUCUUACCAAUGUGAGCUUCCACCAAAGCCUUCCAGACGAGCCAGCAUCAAGUCAGUCCCAGCGUUCGGUAUCGGGGCCGGUUCGGACUCCAACUCCCUUGUUGCAUUGUCCCUUGGUAAAAUUCUCACUCGUGGCAUGGCUUCAGGUCGCCAAUUUGCGCGCACACAGUCCAAUCCGGAGAUUGUGUCAAAAUCACGAAGAAAUUCUCCUGCCCGUAUUGCCCCUCCCAAAGGGGGUAAUUCUUUUGCGAUGACACUGCCUGAGCGGUACAAUAGAGAGACGAUGCGUGUGCUGGUUCUUGGGGCCCCACAAGUUGGGAAGUCCUCGUUAGUUAACAGCUAUCGAGCAGCUGUGACCAACAAUAUGAAAUGGCCCGCCGCGCCGGUUGGUAUUUGUGGAUUCUGUGGAACCACCACUGUAGACCCUUUCCCCAAUCACCCCACAGAGCCGACAUGGUUGUGCAUAGACACGCCUGGAAAGUACUAUGACGCCGAGGAGCAGCCACUUCUGGAGAGGUUGUUCAGUGGAGUGCCGUGGAAAACACGGCUUGCGGGAAAAGGUGCACUGCAGCCCGAGGAGGUUGAGCAGUUAGCCAUUGUCCCUGAAAAUGGAGCUCACCAGUGUAUCCUAGUUGUGCCUGCUACAGAUCUUGUGGAAGACAACGGCUGGUCGAGUGUAUUUCAGUUUAAAUCUCGCUAUGCCCCUGCGCCAGAUGCCGAAGGCGUAGUGAUGUGCUUAAGGAACCUUGUUUUCUUGGUUCGCUCCUUGAUGUAUGAUGCAUCCCCGUUUGUUGUGAUUUCAAAAAUGGAUCUCGUUGGAGGUGCUGGUAACACUUCGACUCGGCGCGUCAUCUCAUCACUGCUGAACCACUGUGUUCCCAUGAAUCGCUUAUACUUUUGUGCAUGUCCAGACGACCAAUCCUCUUACGAAACCAAAAGUCUUUUGAGACUGGAUCGUGAUACCCGUGAGAGCUUCCUUCGGCUGCACGAGGACUUGUCGUUGACUUUCCGCUGGCGAAAGUGUAUUGAAGGAUGCGCUUAA